AGUCUUCCCCGUUCUCUCUGAGGGCUGGAAGGGGUUAAAUUUCAGGCACUGGCGUCCUGGGAGAAGGUGAGGCUAGGAUGUCUGAGUUGCAAUUACUGAAUAUGUUUCCUCUGACUGUGGAAAACAAGCAUGUGGCCCUGUCGUUGCUCAGUACUGGUACCUGUCCAAGAUGUAUCUUCAGAUUCUGUGGUGUGGAUUUUCAUGCACCAUACAAACUUCCCUACAAGGAGUUGCUCCAUGAACUACAAAAAUUUCUGGAAGCUGAAGAAGAUGAAUUAGUUUCUGAGGUUCCAAACCCUCCUCCCAAGAAAAUUCGACUCCAAGAACCAGAAGAUCAGAUUGAUGGGAUGGAUAGUCUGAGUCAAAAUGGAGAGGAAAAGCUCUCAGUGACUGAAGAUGGAAGCAGUUCUUCCAAGAACUCAAAUUUAAAUGUAUGCAAUGUAUGCCUAGGAAUUCUUCAAGAUUUCUGUGAAAAAGAGUUCAUUAAAAAGGUGUGCCAAAAGGUUGAGACCUCUGGGUUUGAAUUCACCAACUUGGUAUUGUCAGUCUCCUUCCCACCGCAGCUAUCUGUAAGAGAGCAUGCUGCUUGGUUGCUGGUAAAACAGGAAAUGGGAAAGCAGAGUCUGUCGCUGGGAAGAAAUGAUAUAGUUCAGCUAAAAGAAGCCUACAAAUGGAUAACUCACCCCCUGUUUUCAGAGGAACUGGGUGUUCCCAUUGAUGGAAAGAGCUUAUUUGAAGUGAGUGUGGUCUUUGCUCACCCAGAAACAGUUGAGGAUUGCCACUUCCUACGUGCAAUAUGCCCAGAUUGUUUCAAGCCAGCCAAAAACAAACAGUCAGUAUUCACUAGAAUGGCAGUUAUGAAAGCUUUGAAUAAGAUAAAAGAAGAGGACUUCUGCAAGCAGUUUCCUUGUCCUCCAAACUCACCAAAGGCUGUAUGCACUGUUCUUGAAAUUGAAUGUGCUCAUGGUGCUGUUUUUGUGGCUGGGAGAUACAAUAAAUACUCCAGGAAUCUACCACAAACUCCUUGGAUAAUUGAUGGAGAAAGGAAGCUGGAAUCUUCAGUAGAAGAAUUAAUUUCAGACCAUCUUUUGAAAGUGUUCAAAGCAGAAAGCUUUAAUUUUUCUUCCUCUGGAAGAGAAGAUGUAGAUGUGAGAACAUUAGGAAAUGGAAGGCCCUUUGCAAUUGAGCUGGUGAAUCCUCAUAGAGUACAUUUCACUUCACAAGAAAUUAAGGAACUUCAGCAGAAAAUUAAUAACUCAUCUAACAAAAUCCAAGUCCGUGACUUGCAGCUUGUCACAAGAGAGGCAAUAGGACAUAUGAAAGAAGGUGAAGAAGAGAAGACCAAGACCUACAGUGCCUUAAUAUGGACAAAUAAAGCAAUACAGAGGAAGGACAUUGAAUUCCUAGAUGACAUAAAGGACUUAAAGAUUGACCAGAAAACACCUUUACGGGUCCUUCACCGGAGGCCCCUGGCUGUGAGAACUCGCAUCAUUCACUCCAUGGAGACACGCUAUGUGGACGAGCACCAUUUCCGCCUCUACCUGAAGACUCAAGCUGGAACGCCACAUACUGACAACCACAUUUAGGUCCUUUCAGCAUUCUGCCCCAGAUGAUUAAACAGGGGUGAUGGAUGGGAGUGGCCCCACUUCACAUGCAGACCUUCACGUUAUCCGGCCACUGGCCCAGAACAAAAGAAUGGUCCCAGUUUAAAUCAUUUGUUUGUAACCUACCCUGCUUUGUGUGGUUUUGUAUCAGAUCUUGAGUGAGUGAGUGAGUGAAGUUGCUCAGUCGUGUCUCUUUGCAACCCCAUGGAUGUAGCCUGCCAGGCUCCUCCAUCCAUGGGAUUUUCCAGGCAGGAGUACUGGAGUGGGGUGCCAUUGCCUUCUUCAGGGGAUCUUCCCAACCCAGGGAUUGAACCCAGGUCUCCCGCAUUAUAGGCAGACACUUUACCAUCUGAGCCACCAGGGAAAUCCUUGUAUCAGAUCUUAGUUGCUGGGUUAAAAUAUAUCAGGGAACUGCCUUUGUCUUAGUUUUAGUUUAUUUUUCAAAAGUGCCCCCAAGUUUUUAUUUGUUUCUUGGUUUGAUGCUAUUUUGUGAUUGAAUAAUAUGAAGUAUGAAACCUUCUAAUUGGUAUAAAACUCAUGACAACUUAUUGGAUAUAAUAACAGGGGAGAAAUAAGUCAAGUUUUAAUUACCAAAUAGCAUUCUUACUGUCUUUCUGUUACUAGUCUGCCUCUCCUUUCCAUCAAUCUUCUCUCCUCUUCUCUUUACCUACUCCACCCCAGGACUGACCAAGCUAAAAUAGGUACAGGUUAUUUACUCUGAAAAUCUCCUAAAUUUUU